UGGAUGCAAGCAGAAGUCAAAUCCUUUGACAACGUGACAUCCUAUCAGAUACUCUUUGGCCAGCGAGCGUCAAAUAGACGCGCCAGAGUGACUCAUGGCGGCGGGGAUGCAGCGUGUUUUAAAUGGAUACUUUUGGAAGCAGUGGAACGUUUGCGCCCUUACUAUUUGAUGCAUAUUCUUUUUCACUUGUACCCAUGAAGUGGCAGCCACCUCCUCCUAGACAAUGAAGACAACUCGCAGAUGCAGGACUCUUCUGUCGGUGAGCUUGAACUUCUUUGCCUUGCUCUUCGCCAUCACGGCUUUCAUCACCACUUACUGGUGCGUGGGGACGCAAAGGGUGCCCAAGCCUAAGUGCAGCAAACUGCGGACCCACCAGUGCAUCGAUUACGGCGUCAAUGAGACCGACCCCAACAAGGUGGUCUACAGCUGGGAGACUGGGGACGAUCGCUUUCUCUUCCGACAAUUCCACACUGGAAUCUGGUUCUCGUGUGAGGAGAACAUCCACGAUGAAAGUGAGAGAUGUCGCAGCUUCAUUGAUUUGGCUCCUCCGUCAGAAAAAGGGAUGUUGUGGCUGUCGCUGGUAUCGGAGAUACUGUACAUAGUUCUGCUGUUGGUGGGCUUCAGCCUCAUGUGUUUGGAGCUUGUCCAUUCCAGCAACGUCAUUGACGGACUUAAGCUCAAUGCAUUCGCUGCUGUCUUCACUGUGCUCUCAGGUCUUCUGGGCAUGGUGGCUCACGUGAUGUACACACAGGUCUUCCAGGUCACUGUCAGUCUGGGACCUCCUGAUUGGAGGCCUUAUAACUGGGACUAUGGCUGGUCUUUCUGUAUGGCCUGGGCGUCCUUCACCUGCUGCAUGGGAGCAUCGGUCACCACACUCAACUCUUACACAAAGACUGUCAUCGAGUUCAGGCACAAACGCAAGACCUUCGAGCAAAGCAUUCGGGAGGAACACUCAAGAGAGGCUUUUGAAUAUUUCCAAGAGCCGUCCGUGCACUCCAUUUCGAAGUCCGUCGAGGUCUAUUCCAGCCGGACCCCAAAGAGUGGCAGGAAAACACCCAUACCGGCAGACUCGUUCGACCUGAGUGACAUUCGGGCCUCACUGGGGGAGGAGCAGUGCUGAAAUUCACAUGACAUCUUUAUUUAAGGCUGCUUGGAGGAUGGAUGAGGCCUGGCGGUGUUCAAGGUGAGAUAGGAACAUCAACAAGCUCUUCAAGCUAGACGUGUAGACACUGCCUUAAUUGAAUCUAGUCCCUGGAAGUGGGAGAUGUUGAACAAACCAGCAGAGAACAAAAAAUAUUGACAGAUGUUUUGUAAAAUGUACAUGAUGAAGAAAGUUGAACAGUAUAAAGUAAUACAGAAAGUUGUGCAGUAUAUUCCCAUGUUUCCAGUGAAGGUUGCGGACGCUUUUAGCCUUACUGAACAUAUUUCUUCCAUUGUAAACAAUCCAUCAAUGUAAAUGGCCGUCUGUAUAACGAGAUUUACAAUGAUUUUCAGUACAUGAUUAAAAAUGCUUCCAGCUAA